ACUCAAAUCCCACCUGCAGGCACAAUCAAGCAUUUCUCCCCAGCACAUGGCGGCCACCACGACUUCACUCCGCAGAACCCGAAAGACGAAACCUGAAUCAAUCCCGAGAAACCCAUGGAACAUAUUAUGCAAUGAAAACGCCAUGGGGUGCUAAAGAGUGCUAAAGAUAGUGGACUGACCCGCCCAAAUUGUUACAAAUCAAAACCUCCCCUCACGCGGGGAUUUCCAACUUAUUCCCGAUGUUUUUUUUUUUUGCUGCGGUGUGAUUCCCGAGUGAUCGGAAAUAACACUCGGGGCCCAGACUUUGCGCCCAUUUGAUUUACGUAUAAAGAAACCCCCCCUCCCCCAUUUUCCUUCAGGAUCCAGCGUUCCACGUUUUUCUUUGUAAUUUGAUGUCUCCAGUUUCUUAGCCAGGGUUACUACGUUCACCUCCCACUCCUCCACUCUUUCUGCUCUGCUCGAGACCUCUGGAGUGCCGAACCAGUCAAAGAUGAUUGUCAAACUCUCCACCCCCUACAGCUUCCUGGAUGACUACAGUGAAGGCGCCCAUCCGCGCCUACUCGAGGCGCUGAUGCGCAACAACUCCAGCCAGCAGACCGGCUACGGCACCGACGACUACAGCCACGAGGCGCGCCAGCUCCUGCACGCCGCAAUGCACACCACCCCGGACGAGGUCGCCAUCCACUUCGUGCCCAGCGGCACGGCCGCCAACCUGAUCUCCAUCGCCAGCUGCCUGCGGCCCUACGAGGCGGUCGUCGCCGUCGACUCGGGCCACAUCAGCUGCAAGGAGGCGGGCGCCAUCGAGGCGACCGGCCACAAGAUCAUCGCCGUGCCGCACCUGCGCGGCAAGAUGGUCCCCGACCGGCUGGAGCGCGAGCUGGACCGCAACCAGUUCUUCCCGCACAUGGCCAAGCCGCGGCUCGUGUAUCUCAGCAACGCCACCGAGCUGGGGACGCUGUAUACGCGCGCCGAGCUGCAGGCGCUGUCGGCCGUGUGUCGGCGGCGCGGGCUGCUGCUGCUCGUCGACGGGGCGCGGGUGGGGGUGGCGUUGGCGGCGACGAGGAACGAUCUCACCUGGCGCGAUCUGGUGGAUCUCACCGAUAUCUUCUGGGUGGGCGGCACCAAGAUGGGGGCGUUGCUGGGCGAGGCGAUCGUCGUGCGGCGCGCCAUCGCCGAGGGGUUCGAGUUCCACAUCAAGCAGCACGGGGCGCUGCUGGGCAAGUCGCGCGUCAUCGGGGUGCAGUUCGCCGAGCUGUUCCGCGAUGGGCUGUUCUUCGAGCUGGCGCGCCACGCCAACGAGAUGGCCCGUCGCAUCGCGGAGAACUUUGUGCGCAUGGGGUUCGCGCUGGCGGCCGAGACAGAGACAAAUCAGGUGUUUGUGCAGAUCCCCGACGCGAUCCUGCCGCAGCUCGAGGAGCGCAUUCGGUUCUACGAGUGGGAGAAGGUGGAUGGCCACACGGUGGUGCGCAUCGUGACCUCGUGGGCGACGGACGAGACGCAGGUCGAGAAGCUGAAUGCCUGGGUGCGGCAGGUACGGCAGGGGCGGGCUUGAUGGCUGGCUGUUGGGCCCGGGAUGGAACUAAUAAUAGAGAGCAUUAAUGUUAAUGAGUCAUGACCAGUUGAACCAUUUCGCGUGGAGUCGAUCUUACGAUUUAUCAUCGGUGGGGAGGAAAAAGUGGAAGUUGAAAGCAGUGGAGUUGAAACGAAAGGCAGUGGAGUUUCUCGGAGUCGCCGAGUUAUUCCCGACAAAGGCGGUGGGAUUAUUCUGCCAUCCGAUUAUAUCCCGUGCCCGGCCGAACCCCCAAGUUGGGUCUAUGGAGUAUACACUGUAGUUAUCCAUCGUGGGAGAGAGUAUAGCCAGAGGAAGCUGGAUGCUUUACAGUGGUAAAAAGUCCAGAACGAAAGGCUGAGGACACAGACCCCGGCCAAUCAUCUCGAGCUGAGAUUCCAGCAUGGCUGGGAUUGAGAAGCUUCAAGUGACUCUAUGUAUAUCCACUGACUCUAUGUAUAUCCACUGACUCUAUGUAUAUCCACUACGGAAGUAACAACA